AAAAUAUGAAACUAGGGAUUGGGCACACUCAACUCACGGAGUUUGCCGCAUUUAUUUAUGUACCGUCAUUAUCGUGUAGUGGGUAUGUACAACUACAAUCAAACGCAGCCAAAGCUGUAAGCGAAGUAGCAUGUGAUGAAAUUAAAAAGGCUGGAGAAGAAGAACGCAAACUUGCUAUACAACAUGGAGAUAUUGAUAUUGACGGUGUACCGAUGAUUACAGUGGUAGCUGAUGGACAAUGGUCGAAACGCAGCUAUAAAACCAAAUAUGACGCGUUAUCUGGAGUAGCUACAAUAAUUGGAUAUAGGACGAAAAAAGUACUGUUCAUUGGGAUUCGCAAUAAGUAUUGUGUAAUAUGUCAGAGAUCUGAGUCAAAAAACGAAAACAGUAUAAAUCAACAUGAAUGUUUUUUAAACUGGACCAAAGCAUCUACUAGUAUGGAGGCCGAUGGUAUAGUUAGAAAGCUUUUUGAAAAGUGUGGAAAUGCAUGGACUAAAAUAUAAUCGGCUUAUUGGUAAAUGUAUUUUCUAAGAGAAAUAAUUAAUAUAUUAUAUUGUAAAAACUACAUAGGUAGGUAUUAAUU